GGGUGGGACGUGGGCGCGGGGAGACAGGCGGUGGCAACAACGGCAAGGGGAGCUGAGACUGUGUCUGGGCAACCAGGCUGGGCCAGGAGGACCAUGUGAACGGGCCAGAGGGCUCCCGGGCUGGGCAGGGAUCAUGGGCUGUAGCUGCAGCUCAAAUCCAGAAGAUGACUGGAUGGAAAACAUCGAUGUGUGUGAGCACUGCCAUUACCCAAUAGUCCCACUGGAUGGCAAAGCCAAGCUGCCCAUCAGGAAUGGCUCUGAGGUGCGGGACCCACUGGUCACCUACGAGGGCUCUCUCCCACCGGCCUCACCACUGCAAGACAACCUGGUUAUUGCCCUGUACAGCUAUGAGCCCUCUCAUGAUGGGGACCUGGGCUUCGAGAAGGAUGAACAGCUCCGCAUCUUGGAGCAGAGUGGCGAGUGGUGGAAAGCGCAGUCUUUAACCACGGGUCAGGAAGGUUUCAUCCCUUUCAACUUCGUGGCCAAAGCAAACAGCCUGGAGCCCGAACCCUGGUUCUUCAAGAACCUGAGCCGCAAGGACGCGGAGCGACGACUGCUGGCGCCGGGGAACACGCACGGUUCCUUCCUGAUCCGGGAGAGCGAGAGCACCGCUGGAUCGUUUUCACUAUCGGUCCGGGACUUCGACCAGGACCAGGGAGAAGUGGUGAAACAUUACAAGAUCCGUAAUCUGGACAACGGCGGCUACUAUAUCUCCCCCCGCAUCACUUUCGCUGGCCUACAUGAACUGGUCCGCCAUUACACCAAUGCUUCGGAUGGGUUGUGCACGCGGUUGAGCCGUCCCUGCCAGACCCAGAAGCCCCAGAAACCGUGGUGGGAGGACGAGUGGGAGGUUCCCAGAGAGACGCUGAAGCUGGUGGAGCGGCUGGGGGCUGGCCAGUUCGGGGAGGUGUGGAUGGGGUACUACAACGGGCACACAAAAGUGGCAGUGAAGAGCCUGAAGCAGGGCAGCAUGUCUCCCGACGCCUUCCUGGCAGAGGCCAAUCUCAUGAAGCGGCUGCAACACCAGAGGCUGGUCCGGCUCUAUGCCGUGGUCACCCAGGAGCCCAUCUAUAUCAUCACGGAAUACAUGGAGAACGGGAGUCUGGUGGAUUUCCUUAAGACCUCCUCAGGCAUCAAGCUGACCAUCAACAAACUCUUGGACAUGGCAGCCCAGAUCGCCGAGGGCAUGGCGUUCAUCGAGGAGCAGAAUUAUAUCCACCGUGACCUGCGGGCAGCCAACAUCCUGGUAUCUGACACCCUGAGCUGUAAGAUAGCAGACUUUGGCCUAGCACGCCUCAUCGAGGACAACGAGUACACAGCCAGGGAGGGAGCCAAGUUUCCCAUUAAAUGGACAGCACCAGAAGCCAUUAACUAUGGAACAUUCACCAUCAAAUCGGAUGUGUGGUCUUUUGGGAUCCUGCUGACAGAGAUUGUCACCCACGGCCGUAUCCCUUACCCAGGGAUGACCAAUCCCGAGGUAAUUCAGAACCUGGAGCGAGGCUACCGCAUGGUGAGACCUGACAACUGUCCCGGGGAGCUGUACGACCUCAUGAUGCUGUGCUGGAAGGAGCGUCCAGAGGAUCGGCCCACCUUUGACUACCUGCGCAGUGUGCUGGAGGACUUCUUCACAGCCACGGAGGGCCAGUACCAGCCCCAACCUUGAGGGGCCUAGUGGCCCUGGGGCCUGGAGCCCCCACACACACAUCUAGCCACCUGCAUUUCUCAGUCUGACUUGGGAAGAUGGAGUUUUAGUGCUCUACCCAUGUGGCCUGUGCACAUAAGGACUCUGCACAUGAAUCCUAUCCACCUGUAACACAUACACAUCUUGUCAUUUGUAUACAUGUCCUGUACUUGUGUGGGCUCUUCACAUGUAUCUUAUACAUGUGUAGCCUGGGCAUGUAUGUCUUGGACACUUGUCCAAGGUGUCCCUUUUGGGGUUCUCUUACUUUCUGAGACCACGAGAGAGAGGACAAAAACCUGUGACUGACACCAGCAUCUGGCCCCCCUUCCUUCUGCUUCCUCAGGUCAUCAAGAAACUUCUAGAGGGCGGGGGUCUUGUCUAAUACCUCUGUGUGCUCCUCCUCGGUGCCUGGCACACAUUAGGAGCUCAAUAAAUGUCUGUUUGUUGAUGA